UGUGUGUGUGUGACUCUCUGCUGAAGUUGGUAGGUGUCCCGAUAUUAAUAUAGAUGCACACACAGAGAGAGAGGCACGCCCUGUAAACAGCUUUGGCUGCCCUGGAGGAGAGUCAGAACUGCUUCAAGAUGGGAGGCCAAACUUCUCAGCUCUUCACCGUCCCUGAGCAGCAGGAGAUCAUGAAAGAAACUGGCUGUACGGAAAACUUUAUAAGAGAGAACGGUUUGCUUUCCUUCUUUCCAUGAAUAGAGGGGGGAAAUGGGGGAGGAGGGAGUUAGUAACAGAGCUCGGAAUUGUUUUAAACCCCAUUCCCCAAAAUGAGAAGCCCACCUGCCUUGCGGUGCAUUUGCUCUCGUCUUGCCAACCCCACAGACCAGCCUUAGAUCUCUGGAGCUGUCCCAGGAUGAGACUUGGCUUUGCUGGGAAGAGAGAGGCCCUGGCUGCUCCAGACUUUACGCAAGGGGUGGGAAUCGUGGCCAGUGGGUUUGGGCAAUCUCAUAGGAGGGAAAGAUGCAGGACUCGUGGAGAAGAGCCUGGUGACCAGAGAGGAUCAGAAUUGGGACUUCAUAGCUGAAGCACUGCUCAGUUUGGGAGCUGGGAGGAAAGGGGUGUCGGGACCCAGAGAUCCAGAUCAAAGCACAGGGCAGGGAGCAAUUUAAGGGGAGGUGAAAUGGGUGCAGCGGCUGUGGCUCUCUGCAGCUGCCGUGAUGCCAACGCACCCCUCUCACCUUGAGCCAGAGAGGGAGCAGGCACUGGAAGAAGAGGCUAAUCCAGAUUUUCGGGUUCCAGCUUUCUGGGCCUGUCCCGUUCCAGCCUCACCCCAACGGGGCCACCUGCCUCCUGUCCCCAGCUCAGGGCACAGAGCAGAGGUGAGGUGACUAACGGAGAUCAGAGACCCACAAAGCCUGUUCCCAGCCAAGGAAAUGGGAGGAAACGACAGCGCAUCGUGCGAGUGCAGAACUUCUGGACAAUUUGCAGCUGUGGAAUAAAUUGUUUUUUUCUUGUUCUGAUGAGUCAGCCAAAAGCAGAGACUUGGGACACGGGAAUCUUUCGUCUGGGGUGCGGUUAAUUUGGGAGAGAUCAUCAUGCUCCUGGGGUGGAAUGUGAUCCUCCCCCCUGCCCCUUUAAAGAGUUAUUUUACCAAGUUUUGGAUGAAAAAUGAACUGUUGCUUUUGAGCUUGGCAUGGUGCCCCACCCAAAGCCUUGCAUCUUAUCUGGCAGCUGGCUUCCUAUUGUUUGCGAAAUCUCCAGAGGAGGAAAGAGAGGGGAGGGGGCUGACUUUGAGAUUUCCGUUCAACAAGUGGGGGGGUAUUAAAUCCCCUCAGUAGGGGGCAGAAGGUUUGAAUGUUUGUGCUUUAAAUCCAAUGUUGUCUUUUAUUAUGCUGGGCUUGUCACUUUUCCCUGGAGAGAAGAUGCAGCACAUUUCAAAGCAACAAGUGCUGUGGCAGGAAUAAUAGUCACAGUGGCACCCUCCAUUUCCCAUCAGCCCCAGUUAGCAUGGAUAAUGGGAGGUUGGCAGUAGGGGAAAAAGACACCAGACUGACAACCUUUGCUCUAUACCUUUUCCCAUUUUAUCUGGUACUUGGAAUUUUAGUUGCUGCUAAAAGUCAUUUAUAGGGAUGCGGGUGGUGCUGCGGUCUAAACCACUAAGCCUAGGACUUGCCGAUCAGAAGGUCGGCGGUUCGAAUCCCCGCGACGGGGUGAGCUCCCGUUGCUCGGUCCCUGCUCCUGCCAACCUAGCAGUUCAGAAGCACGUCAAAGUGCAAGCAGAUAAAUAGGUACCGCUCCGGCGGGAAGGUAAACGGCGUUUCUGUGCACUGCUCUGGUUUUGCCCUCCCUCAGGCCUGCGACCUUCUUUCCCCCAGCAACCACGUUGCAUGGUUCCCAUGUGGACCAGGAGACUGCCCUGAAUCUGGACAGUCUGUUCCCAUUUCCUUGCAGUGCAGGCGUGCUCAAGUCUGCUCUCCAAGUUUCAAACAGUUCGCCUUUAGAUUCAGGGGAAUGUUAAUUGCAUCUGGCUUCUUCCUUUUUUAAAAAUACAUUCGUUUCAAGGUCAUUAUACCUGCUGCUCAUGGCACUUUCUUGGCUAAUCAUUAAACCUCUCCUUUCCUCUUGUACCCAGUCUCAGAAGCUAAUGUUGUGCGCCUUUACCAGCGGUUCCAGGCCUUGGACAAGGAUGAAAAAGGCUUCCUCAGGUAAGGAAGAGGGAAGGGAAAGGAAGAGGAUGGCAAUCUGAGAACAAGGAAGGAACUCAGAGGCCUCCGUCUGUAGACAUUGCCCCACAACCAACACCCCACUGACCUUUACACAAUAGAGAUCCAGGCAGCUGAGUUGAGGUUUGUGCUUUUCCUAUCCUGCCAUGUUCUAUUCACACUUGUGGACAUGAUAUAGCCAUGGGAACAGGGAAGACACAAUUCACGUGAGAAGUUUUUCGUUUUUAAAUUAAAAAUAAAUAAAUAUGAACUAAUGCUCUUCUUCAAGCGCUAGUUCUCCAUUUUAUUUUUCUGAGACUGGUAAAAGGUUUUAAAGCUUGAUUCAAGAGCCGUCUACAAAUACAGUACUAAAUACGUCAGAGCAAACUGGUCAAAAAUGAUGACACAUUAAAGGUGAGAGGAGUGGCAAUAGGUUCACCUGUCCAAUGUGACAGAGCACACGUCAGAAAUAUACUGCUCUAGAAUUCUGUGAUUCCAAGAGUCAGCAGAGCAGAAUUAAGAACAAUUCACACCUGCAGAGAACACCAGUUCUGCUCCGUUCGGGGGGUCUUUUUAAGUUAGUUUUUCUGCAGGCAGAAGACCCGCAAGAGGGGAAAACGCAGUGGAGACAGGGAUUUUCAUAACAAUGUCACGCUGAUGCCCCAUAAAAAGUUAGUAAACGCAGCAAGGAUAUCCCACAGUAAAUGCCUACAGAAGCCCCUUAGCCACUGCUUUUGACCACCAAAUUCCUGCUCAUUUGUCUACACCUGAUGUAUUUCAGUUUUACAGUGUUUCAUCCAGCUGACAUAGGAAGUUAGGGCGCCCUGGCAGAAACAACUACAUUAUCACCUCAGCUUUCUGCACAACAUCUGGGCGACAGAUUUAGGGAUGCAGGAGUUGAGGCUGUAGCACGGCCCCUGAGCUCCCAGUACGUUUAGUAGGCUGGUCUCUGCUACUAACAGCAGCACAGAAACUUUUAUGGUUGUCCACUUCUCAAGUACUUAGGUGGAUUGUAGCAGGAAGAGAGGCAAUGUGGAUUCAAAAUAUUCGCUGCCCAGACACUGAGGUCCAGCUCCAAGGGCCUUCUGGCAGUUCCCUUGCUGCGAGAAGCCAAGUCACAGGGAACCAGGCAGAGGGCCUUCUCGGUAGUGGCGCCCGCCCUGUGGAACGCCCUCCCACCAGAUGUCAAAGAGAAGAACAACUACCAGACUUUUAGAAGACAUCUGAAGGCAGCCCUGUUUAGGGAAGCUUUUAAUGUUUAAUAGACUAUUGUAUUUUAAUAUUCUGUUGGAAGCCGCCCAGAGUGGCUGGGGAAACCCAGCCAGAUAGGCAGGGUAUAAAUAAUAAAUUAUUAUUAUUAUUAUUAUUAUUAUUAUCAUCAUCAUCAUCACUGCAGGCCAGUCAAAGGAGGCGGGUGUGGGGUUAACAAUUACACAGACAGCGCCUGAGCCGAACGGAACGAGUCGCCAUGUCUCACACCAUUUUGCUUGUUCAACCUACCAAACAAUUACACAGACUUCGCACCAGGAAGACAAAGAAACCUUGGGGGUUUUUCUGCCUAUGACCAGAAUUCCUUUUAUGUGUUUCCCCCCUGCUCGUUUUGGUCAUCAGCCACUUCAGAUAUUCACUGUGAACAGAAAAGUUGGAUGGAAUAAAAUAAAUGAAAACCUAACAUAAGCCCCCUUUGAGUUGUGGGGGGUUGGGCUAGAUACCCCUUGGGGAUCCCUUCCAAUUCUGUUGCUAAAACUUAUACGUUUUGUUAUAGCUACGUUUUCUCCCUCUGCAGCAAAGAUGACUUCGAAGGGAUCGGAGAACUAGCAGUGAACCCCAUCGGCGAUCGGAUCAUUGAUGCCUUCUUCCCAGAUGGGUGUGUGUGUGUGUGUGUGUGUGUGUGUUGUGUGUAGGGAAGUCUCUGGCCCUGCCCAGUGCCAUAAAAAACAGAAACCGCCCUCACUUGCCCCUUGCCCUCACUUCAGCAUCCUGUCCUCUUCCAACAAUACAGGGAAUCAGACCUUAGUGCACAAGAAUGAUUCUAGAGUCCAUUCUAUGAUUCAGGGUACUGCAACAGCCAAGUGUGCCUGGAGGGCUCUUCCGCUGCCUGCCCUCUUCUUGAUUCUAGUCUAUUAUGUUCUUCCACAGACGCAUUUGCUCUUGGCGAACAUCCACAAGGAACGUCUCCCAGCCGCAAUUCCCAAGUCUCAUGAAAGGGCUCAUCCUGUGUCUGCCUGAGAGCCACACAGGGUUCCUGCGUUGUCGCUGAGACCCAGCCAGGCAGGAGUGGCCUCUUGCAGGCAGUUCCCCAAAGUCCACGCAAAGACAAAUCCCAGGGCUGAGAGGUGUGAGGCAGACACUGGCCUUGUCUAAUGUAAUCAAGGCCUGCCUCUUUUGCAGCCCUGAUACAAAUGCAUAAUUAAGGAAAACCCCUCAGGCUGAUCAGGCUUCCUCAAGCAAUGGCAUGCUAAAGACAGGAAAGGAAGUACUGUAUUUUUCACUCCAUAAGAUGCACCUAGUUUUAGAGGAGGAAAACAAGAAAGAAAAAAAUUCUGAACAAAACAGUGGAUGUAUGAUUUUUGUGGUUCAUGCUGUGGUCACAGACAUACGAUCUGAUGGUGAAUUUGGGGUGAGCCAAUGCAAAACUCCUGAGGAUCCAUAUGGAUCCGUGCUUUGUAACCACAUUUUUGCACCACUGCAGCCCCACGCAACAGAGGGUGCGUAAUUUUUUGGGUGCAGGCUGUAGCCAUGGACAUGCUAUGCGAUCUGAUGGUGAAAUUGGGGUGACCCAAUGUAAAAAUCCUGAGGGUCCAUGGGCUUUUACCUCCUCCCUCCCAGGCAGCUAGCGUCCCUUAUCUCUCUUCCGAUCCCACCAAUCAGCUGUUUCCUUUCAACACUCCCUUCCCUCUUGUUUGCCUUAGUGCCUUUUCCUUAACUGGAGCAGUUUUUUGCUCCUCCUUUUCUCCUAAUUUCUCUCCUCAUUGCUUUAGUCUUCCUGUUUCCCCCCUUUGCAAGUUUGCUGUCUUUACCUUCCCCCCCCCCAGGCAGCCUCCUUUAUUGAUAGCGUCCCUUAUCUCCCUCCUGAUCACUUGCUGAUCAGCGGCUUUGUUUCAACACCCACUUCCCUCUUUCAAAAAAAAGAGCAUGAUCUGCUUUUUGCCCCUGGGAAAUUCGGCUCCAGGGACCAGACAUUUGCUCCAUAAGACGCACAGACAUCUCCCCUUACUUUGUAGGAAGACAAAAGUGCGUCUUUGGAGCGAAAAAUAUGGUAGCUCAGGAGCAGAGCACCUGCUUUGCAUGCAGAAGGUCUCAGAUUCAAACUCCAAGCAUCUCCAGUGAAGGCAAUGCAGAGCUAGAUGGGCCAGCAGAUUCCCAUGUUCCUUCCUAGUAGGUAAGAUUCCACAAAGGGUCUUGUUUCUCCCUAGGAGAGAGACUACGGACUUCCGGACAUUCACUCGUGUGCUGGCCCACUUCCGGCCAGUGGAAGGACCCGGAGGCUCGCAGAACGCUAACAGCCGGCUUAGCAAGCUGAAGUGUGAGUGGACAUACAAUGGGUGUUCCAGGGAAAACAACUACAGGAGGGCGCCAAGAAGUACCCCUUGUAGCUGUAAGGGCUAGACGCUUGGUUGAUUUCAUUUAAAUGAAAACUGAAACACUCAGGAUACAGAGUUCCGCAGUCACUGCCAAGUUCCCCAGUUGUGCGGUAACAAAAGCACAGCACGCACAUGCAACCUGGGCGCUUACUGUCCCCCCUUAAGUUGGACAGAUCUAUGGGCCGGCAGCACAACGUGGUGUCUCGCCCUAAACCUUCCCCAUUGCUAACCUUCCCCCCCCCCCUUGUUCUGGUUCCUGUUCAGUUGCUUUUCAGCUCUACGACCUAGACAAGGAUGGGAAGAUCUCCCGAGCAGAAAUAUUACAGGUAACUCUUGCCAACAACUGGGGAAAGCUGCAGGGGUGGGAAAGGGAUGUGCGUAAGAAGAAUUAAAAUCAGGGAGGGGCAGUGCUUAAAGAUGCUAUCCAAAGGAAAAUAUAUCCUGCCCCGUAAACCUCAAUGGAGGAGGAGAGCUGGCGUCACCCUGACAAAAGGAAUGUGCUCUCUACAUGCGUAGAAGCACUUUUUAAAAUUCACAUGUACCAGGCUAGAAACGUCUUGAGCUCAAAGCUGACUGUUGGAAGAGUCAGGAUGGAUAAAAAAAAGAACUUAUCCACACAGCGCACAGUUAAACUGCGGAACUCGCUGUGGCUGGAGACAGUGACGGCCACCUACCUGGAUGGCUUUAAAAGAGGACAGGACAAAUUCACAGAGUGCAAGGCUGUCAUUGGCUACUAUCUCCAUGGUCAGAGGCCGUAAUGCUUCUGAAUACCAGUUGCUAGAGGGACGCGGGUGGCGCUGUGGGUUAAACCACGGAGCCUAGGGCUUGCCGAUCAGAAGGUCAGCGGUUCGAAUCCCCGCGACGGGGUGAGCUCCCAUUGCUCGGUCCCUGCUCCUGCCAACCUAGCAGUUCAAAAGCACACUUGUGCAAGUAGAUAAAUAGGUACCACUCCGGCGGGAAGGUAAACAGUGUUUCCAUGCGCUGCUCUGGUUCGCCAGAAGCGGCUUAGUCAUGCCGGCCACAUGACCCGGAAGCUGUACGCCGGCUCCCUUGGCCAGUAAAGCGAGAUGAGCGCCGCAACCCCAGAGUCGGCCACGACUGGACUUAACGGUCAGGGGUCCCUUUACCUUUACCAGUUGCUAGGAAUCACAGAUGGGGAGAGCUGCUGCUUUCAGGUUUCGCACUGGGCAUCUGGUUGGCCACUCUGAGAACAGGAUGCUGGACUAUCCAAGCCAUCGGCCUGAUCCAACAGGGUCUUCUUACAUUGCGAAGGUCACAAGUGCUUAUCGUGCCAGGAACCCCAGGAAAUUUAUCCAAGGACAUUGUUGCAGAAGCACGCCCAAGUUUGUGCUCCAGCCAUCAGCAGAGCAAAGCUUUAGUCCCUCAUCUUGAUGAAGGCGGAGGAAUAGGGAGAAGCAGCGCCCUUAAGAACCCCUCAUCUCUCUGGCUACCCCUCUUCCCCAACUCCCAGGUGCUGAGAAUGAUGAUUGGAAUCGAGGUGACGGAUGAGCAACUCGAGAGCAUCACAGACCGAACCAUCCAAGAGGCUGAUAAGGAUGGAGACAACGCCAUCUCCUUUGAGGAGUUCGCAAAGGUCUGGGAUAGGGGAGGUUCUUCCACACUGGCCAUUCCCAGCUUAGUGCCCUCCAGAUGUUUGGGCCUCCAACUCCCAUCAGCCCCCAGAUGGGAGGAGAACAAAACAUCUGGAGUGGGACAAGGUUGAGGAAGGCUGGUCUAUACACUGCAGAGAUAUGGACCCUGAGGAACAUAAGAUUAAUUUCCAGCAAUUUUUUUAAAAAAGCCAAGUGGAUCUGUGUCUUCAAGGCAGCCACAGCCCAGGUGUGGAGAACCUCAGGCCUGGGGGUUGAAUGUAUCCCUCCACACCCUUCUAUCUGUCCCUCAGGACUCUACCCAGAACGCUCCAUCCUCUCUCCCCAGGCUACACACACACGUGUCCUCUGAACUCUGCUUGCCUGGAUGGCAGAGAUGGUUGUGGGAAUGUGUGCCAUGUAGAAGCUGUCCCACAAAGGUAAUAUUUACAUUUAUUGCCGCACCCAACACAUCAUUUGAUCCCAGAAGAUUGCCCAGAAGGGGGCCAUGACCCUUGGGCUGAAGGCGGGGAAGGGAGGGUAUAAAUUUAUUUAUUUAUUUAUUUAUUUAUUUAUUAUUAUUAUUGAGAUCCCCCACCCCUACACUAACCCCUUGUGGACACUCGGCUCCUUAACCCGAGUGGUGCUUGGUCCUGGUUUCCCCACUCGGUUUGCUUUUUAUUAAGAGAUUUAUAAACUGCUCUUCCUCCAAGACACCAGGGUGGUGAACAGCGAUGAGGCACCUUCUCAGAGGCACACACUGAAUUAUCCUUCAGUCACAUUUUCCAGGACUGAGGUUCUGGCCAUGAAAAGCAGUUCUAGGUCUGAGAAAGGCUAAAAAGCCCCAGUAAAGCUUGCUCCUUUUUUUGGUAACGCCAAUCUUCUCCACUUUGUUUUGCAGUCUGUGGAAAAGCUGAACAUUGAACAAAAGAUGAGCCUCCGGAUCCUGAAGUGAUCCAUCAGGGACCAGAGAAACCCCUGACAACUUGGGAAAUGAAUAAGUCUGGCUCCUGGCAGCAAAGGCUGCAGUUGCAAAAACUCACCUCUGCUUCCGAUGGGCUGAAAAGAAACUAAAUUAGAGAUCUCCAUCUAACAAAGAUCCCUCACUGACACCAAGAUGGGAUCAGGAGCUGCUGACCAACAGAGGCCUGCCAUUCCGUCAGCCAUGUCUAAGCAGACCUCCAUGGCAAGCGAGCCCAAAGUCGUAAUCUUGUAAAGAAACCGUGGAGCAUCAUGCAAAGAUUUCAGAAUGCAGUUGGGGCCUAAAAUGAUUACUUCUUUUGGAAAAGUCCUCAAUAGCCUGGGGUGGGCAGGGUGGGGGUAUGGGAAAGAGGAGUUCAUACUUUUGUGACCUCCCCUCCUUUUACGAAAAGCUUCGCAAAGGCAGUAGAAUUUAAUGCUGCCAGACAGCAAACGAACGAGUCAGAAUUCAUUUCCGGGAGAUUUGAUUUCAAGGUUUCAUCAAAAAGGUAAUACAAACUGGAACUGUGGCACUGGUGCCUGAAAACCUCCUUGGGAGUUAUCGUUCCUCGAUCGCAUUUUCAUUCAUUAAAAGAUACGCAAAUUGCAUCCACACAAA